AUGGGUGACUUAAACAACGUCGGCUUGUCGCCGUCGUCAGCAGACAGCCAAGCCGUUGCAUCUUUACAACCAGAAAAUUCCGGCUCCGACUUCAAUCAUCACAACUCAACAUCCGAACUCGUCAAAAAGGAAGGUUCUGAAUCAAAAUCUCCUUUGCUUGAUGCAGUACAUAUCAAAACCAGUAGAUCUCCAUCGAUCUCAUCACCGAUCAAGCUUAAAUCAGACGGUCCAGAUCUGAAGCCGAAGCUUGAGGAGCAAAACGGCAGUGUGUCGCCUACAAAGCCCGCGAUGCCGAAAAAGUCAGGCCGCGCAGCCGCCUCCAAAGCACCACCGCGGACUGCUCCUUUGUUCACUGAUCUACCGGAUGUCACCGCAGAAGCAACGUCGUCUUUUCAGGUUAUCACUUCGAGCACAUAUCAAAACAAGUAUUUGGGCAUCACGGAAUCUGCUCUCGAAUGCGAUUGCUCAGAAGAAUGGAACCCAGACACCAAGACGAACGAUGCCUGUGGCGACUCUUCCGACUGCAUCAACCGAGCUUGCAAAAUGGAAUGUUCUGAUGACUGUAAUUGCGGGGAUGAAUGCCAGAACCAAAGAUUCACGCGACGCCUAUAUGCCGAUGUCUCCGUCAUCCAGACAGAAAAGAAAGGCUACGGAUUGAGGGCGAAUGUCGACCUCAGUCCGAAUGACUUUAUUUUCGAGUACAUCGGCGAGGUGAUCGCGGAGGGCGCUUUCCGAAAACGUAUGGUCGCUUACGACGAAGAAGGGAUCAAGCACUUCUACUUCAUGUCACUCAGCCGCGGCGAAUUUGUUGACGCAACCAAGCGGGGCAAUCUUGGACGCUUCUGCAACCACUCCUGCAACCCGAAUUGCUAUGUGGACAAAUGGGUGGUGAAUGACAAGCUUCGUAUGGGCAUCUUCGCCGAGCGCUACAUCAGAGCCGGUGAAGAACUCGUCUUCAAUUACAACGCCAAUUGCACUGGCUUCAUUGGCGGCAAGACUCAGACCGAGCGCGGCACCAAACUGGCCGCUGCUACGCUUGAAGCUCUCGGUAUCGAAGAUGAUGAGUGGGACACCGUUGUGGCCAAGAAGCCGAAGAAAAAGAAGAUGGCUGAGGACGACGAAGACUAUGUCGACAAUGCCCAGGCUAGGACACUGGACGCCGACGGCGUCACGAAAGUCAUGGCUGCCCUCAUGCAGUGCAAGGAGAAGUGGAUUGCUGUCAAGCUUUUCGAACGAAUACAGAGUUCCGACGACGAAGCGGUCAGAAAUCGCAUUGUCAGGUUGCACGGCUACAGGAUAUUCAACUCGCAGCUUCUGGCCUGGAAGGAUGAUGAGAAUUUGAUACUGCAGAUCCUCGAUAUCUUGAACCAGAUGCCGCGGUUGACACGCAACAAGAUUGUGGACGCCCGACUUGAUCAGACACUCGACACGUUAUCGAGUCACCAGGACGAGAGGGUAUCUAGCCGGGCGGCUGCGCUGGCCGACGCGUAUUCGAAGCUCGAGCUAGCUUACCGGAUCCCGAGAAUGCGGAGAGAUACGCAGGACGCCUCUACGCCUGUCAAAACAGAGCCUACGAUCUACAAUCGACGAGAGCCUGCUCCACAACGCCGACGCUCGAAAUCACGUUCAAAGUCGCCUCCACGGGGACCUGCGAGUAUGGCUGCCCCGACGGGUCCGAAGCUGGCUCGGCCAGCCUUCCAGCCGCGCCCCUUCCAACGCCCACCACCUCCACCGCUACCAGCCGGAUGGAAGCUCGCAUACGCGAACGGCAGGCCAUACUUCUACUCGGAUGCGGGUGUCACAACGUGGCAACGGCCCACAAAACCCGCCGAAGCGCCACCUCCGCCUCCACGAGAGCUCUCCUCGCACGAUGUCCUCAAAGGCAUCCUCGAAGGCAUCAACAAAAAGAAAGACGAACCUGUCAAGACGCCAGAGGCGACAGAGAAGCCGAAGAAGGAGAAAAAGGAGGAGAAGUGGAAAUCUUUCGAUGAGGAGAAGAAGAUGAAGCUGUAUGAGAACACUCUUUUCCCGCAUAUCUCUCAUGUCAUGAACAAAUACAAGCAUAAGAUACCUAGAGACGAUCUCAAGCGCUUCGCAAAAGAGAUAGCGAAAAAACUUGUCGCCUCCGACUUCAAAGCCGGCCGCGUCAAAGACCCCACCAAAUGUGACGAGAAACAACAGCGAAAAGUUAAAGACUAUUGCAAGCAGUUCUUCGACAAGGCUGCGCACAAGCACAAGAAAGUCGAAGAAGAGAAGGCCGCCCGGAAAGCCUCCAAGAGCAAACAUUCUUCAUCUCGGUCCAAGGACGAUCCGUCGCCCGUAGCCCAAAGCCCGGCCCCCAAUGUCUCUGCGCAGCAUCUCAAGCGUAAGCGGGAAGAUCUCAGCAGUCCGGCCGAACACGUCAAGCAAGAAGAGCGCGACACGCCUCGCUCGCCGCUUAAGAAGCUGCAUAUCGAUUCCUCUGGCAACGACACUAAAGUGACACCACCACCUCCGCCGCCACCUCCUCCUCCGUCCGACAUGCCGGCUGAAGAGGGCACUCCGAAUGGAAACUCACUUCACGCUGCUGGCGACGGCUUCACCCCUGUAGAGGCCGCCGACGGCCAGGACGUCGCAAUGGACAUUGACGAUAACACGAGCGACAUCCCAGUGCCGUUGGUGGAGAACGGUGUGGGCAAGAUGAACAGCCACACCCAUACCCACGAUGCCGAAGGCCACGGCCAAGAAAGCAACUUCAAGGAUAUGAGCUUGCAGGAUGUGAAGAUGCUGGCACAAAUGAAGGUGGAGAUGGCGAGGACGAGGUUGAAUGGUGAUCUGCGAACGUUGGUCAUGGGAAUUACGCUACCUGGCAAGUACAAUUGA